CAGUCAGGCACCGCAGCUCUAGUCUCUCGCUCACUGAACGACACUCACGCCAGGGGCCCCACGUGUCUCUCUCGAAUGUCGCCUUCGCGAUGGUCGUUCGCGGUAACCGAAGCCCGUACUUCCUCGCGAGCGUCGAAAAUACUGCCCAAAUCACGUUCCACGCGACGAUUCGUUGCCUCCAUCUCGUCCUAGCCUGCUCCUUCGGCUCGGAUAUCCGUUUCCCUGCCAUGCAUGCUCUCUAGACUAGAAAAACCGAAGCUCCAUACGCGGCGUCCUCGGGAUUCCGCUCGCGAAACGUGGUCGUUUAUUUCGUCGUCGUCCAUUUCGCGACGAACUACCGCAUCGCAGGGACGCACCAGCAACCGUCGCCACGAUGGGUGAAUUCUCGUUUCGGACCUCCGCUAAACCCCUUCCGAAACCGGGUGAAUUCUGGGUGAUUCCUCCUGCGCUCCUCCAGCUCUCUGGGUUUGAAUUCCUCCAGUCUCCGAAAUCUCUUUCUAGCACACGAGAUUUGGAAACCCUUCUAAACGUCAAGUUAGCAACAUCUGGCGAAUUGAUUUGGAAGGUAGCAACAACGCACGAUGCAGCGGCGGCUGCGGCCUCGGAAGCACUCGCAGGAGAAGAGGCAGAGCGAGCGACGGAACUCAACACGCAGGGGCAGGGAGGAGUGGGAGGAUGAGCCGAUCGAGUAUGCUGAUGCUGAUGCUGAUGCUGAUGCUGAUGCUGGAAAUGACUUCCGUGCCUCUCAGCCCAAAGUACCUAAGCCGGUGCAUUCCACGGCCCUGAUGUUCGUUCAUAAUUCGAUUCGGCAGGUGGAAACGCUUUUGAACGUGAAAGCUCUGCUGGUGCGCGAGAGGACGGAUGGGGACGAGGCGAGUGGGCCGCAGGAGCGGCAAGAGGGGGGAGCGCAAGGUGAUGACGAAGCAGCAGGCGAUAAGGAGCAGGGAAAGGGUGAGGAUGCCCCCCUGUCCCCUGCAGCAAGAAUGGGGGAAUUGCUGGCGAAGCGGGGGAAGAAAGAGGUCGAGACGGCGCUGCGAGAGGGUGGGGGUGCCGUGUGGCGAAGGAGGAGGGUGGCAGCAGCGCAUGGGCCCCUGCUGAGGUCGAAUCUGAAUGACCUCAUCUCCUGGUGGGAGAGGAAGGUCGACGGGCGGCUGGGCCCGCACGAACCCGACCCAUUCCAGGGGAAGGUUGCCAAGGGGCUGGGCCUGCAGGAGCCGGACCCUUUCCAGAGGAAGGUUGCCAAGAGGCUGGCCCCGCACGAGUGCGACCCUUUCCAGAGGAAGGAGGAGGAGGAGAAGGCGGCAAAGGAGGUGCUGUUUGAAACAGUGCUGGCGGUGGUGCGGCUGCUGCCGGCCUUUUCAAAGGUGCUGCUGGGUUUGGAGGGUUUGUGUGACGCUGGGUGUGAGGUGUGUGGGAGGGAGGAUGUGGAUCUGAAUCUGGUGGAAAGGGUGGUGGGUUGCUACCCUCCUUGUGUGGAGCGUAGGGGCAAGGGCAAGGUUACGCUGCCUAGCGUGCCUCGGGUUAAGGGAGGAAAGGAGGAUGGAGCUAGGUCGGAUGGACCUAUUGGGUUCACAGGGGGGAUGGCUGUAGACUUGGCUGGGGCGACAGGAGAAGAAAUGGCUGGGGUGACUUCUGAGUUGAUCCAAAUGUCAUCCGGCAGGGUGUCUGGUGGGUUCUCCAGUGCGGUGUCUGGGCCUGCAGUUGACAUGCCUGGAGCAGCACGAGGGACAGCUGGGCCUGCAGUUGACAUGCCUGAAGCAGCACGAGGGACAGCUGGGCCUGCAGUUGACAUGCCUGGAGCGGCACGAGGGACAGCUGGGCCUGCAGUUGACAUGCCUGAAGCGGCACGAGGGACAGCUGGGCCUGCAGUUGACAUGCCUGAAGCGGCACGAGGGACAGCUGGGCCUGCAGUUGACAUGCCUGAAGCGGCACGAGGGACAGCUGGGCCUGCAGUUGACAUGCCUGGAGCGGCACGAGGGACAGCUGGGCCUGCAGUUGACAUGCCUGAAGCAGCACGAGGGACGGCUGGGCCAGCAGAAGAGAUGGCAGGGGCGACAGGAGGGGAAGCGGCUGGGGCGACUUUAAAGUCGAUGCAAAAGUCAUCCGGUGGGGUGUCUCAGCCAGCAGUAGACAUGCCUUGUACGGCACGAGGAUUGGAUGGGAGAUCAGAAUGGGGUGGGACGGCAGGAGGGACGGCAGGAAGGGAGAUGGCUGGAGUGGUGAAGGAAGAAUAUAUCGAGGAGAGUGGCGAUGAGGGGAGGGGAGAAGAGGGCUUUACAUAGUCGCACAGACAAAGGCGGGAUGCAGAAGAAGAGGCGGAUUGAGGAGUGAGGAGAGGCUCUUACAGGCAGCAAGAGAUCUCCCAGGUGUGUCUGUGCUAUAGCUCGUUUUGAGACGGCUCAAGACUUACCUACUUGAACACGGAGGGAUGCAGAAGAAGAGGCGAAUGGAGAAAUGAAGGAGGGCCAGCAAGUGAUCUCCCAGGUGGUUCUGUUGGGAUUGGUUGGGAUGGGAUAUUCAAUGAUUGUUGUCACGGUACGUGUACAUAGUUCGACAGUUGAAUGUUUGUUCAACUGAGUUCUCACUGGGAGUCUCACACUACAGCACUACA